UAGGGCCAGAAGUUCUCUUGCUCCUCCACUGUUCGGCCUGCACAUGAGCGGAUCACGAGAGAGCCGCAGUCGCUGAUGUCGCCAGUGCAGAAGGUCUCAUGGAGCUUGUCAAAGCGGCAGUGUUUUUGUUGUAUUUUCCUUCACAAUGCACUUUAGGAUUUCAAUAAGAUGUAUGUGUGUUUUGAGAUAGUGACUUUUCUUCUCGCCUUCAACUUCUACGAUUUGGUUCUUACUCAGGAUUCCUCCUGCUGCCACCAUGCUGAGAAGCUAUCACCAUGUUGGGAAGCAUGCGAACAGCUCGCCACCAUUAAAAGCGAAUCCCGUUUGAAGCACCUACUACAGCGAUUACCAAGCUACUGCCCUGAGUCUAUGAAUGAGCUUUGGAUCUGCGUCAACUCCACACUACCUGGGUCAUCCAGGAAGUCCGAUGGUUGGGUGGGCCUGGGCUGCUGUGAGCUAGCCAUCUUGUCCGAGUGCCGCAGGGAGUGCAAGCAGGCAUCAUCCAAGACCGACAUCACAAGAGUAUGCAAAAAAGACACAGAGAAACCACUACACAGCUGUAUCACCAAAAAUGAGAUGGGCUCGGUGUGCUGCAGCUAUGCAGGGAGACACACCAACUGCAGAGAGUACUGCCAGGCCAUCUUCCGGACAGACUCCUCCCCCACCGUCUCGCAAAUUAAGGCUGUCAAGGAAUACUGCCAGAGCAUCAGCCCCGAGCUCAUUGGCUGUGUGGGCAACUACUCCAAGUCCUACCCAAUCAGGAGCCCAAUAGACAGCCUGUACUGCUGCGACCGGGCUGAUGAGCCCCACUGCCAGGUGGCGUGCCGGCGCAUCCUGCGCACCAUGACGACAGAGCACGAGAUUAUGGAAGGCCUGAUCGAUGAGUGUGGCAGCCAGCCACUGCCCCAGGACCCGCUGUGGCAGUGCUUCCUGGGCAGUGCCCACCCCCCCACCGAGAGCGAGAUGGAGACCUCACCUACAGCCAAGAUGGACGGCGCUAAGCUGCACUGCUGCUACAAAGCCAAUACCUCACUCUGCCGGGAUAUGUGUCAGGAGAUCAGCACAAACUGGGGAACUCAAACAUGGCAGGAGUUUGACCAGAUGUGUGAGUACAGCCCUGUGGAGAAGCCCCUGGUCACCUGCCUGGCCGACGUCAGGGAACCCUGCCAGCUGGGCUGCAAGGACCUGGGCUACUGCACCAACUUCAACAACAGGCCCACAGAGCUGUUCCGUAGCUGUAACGUCCAAUCAGACCAAGGCGCCAUGAAUGACAUCAAGCUGUGGUCCAAUGGGACGAUCAAGAUGCCCUUUAUGAACAUCCCCGUCCUGGACAUCAGGAAGUGUCGUCCGGAGAUGUGGAAGGCUGUGGCCUGCGCCCUGCAGAUCAAACCCUGCUACAGCAAGUCCCGCGGCAGCGUCAUCUGCAAGUCGGACUGUGUGGACAUCCUGACACAGUGUGGUGACCGCAGACGCUUCUACGAGGGACAGACGGCCGAGCGCAUCUGUGAGAUUCUGUCACCCAUAGACGACCCUGAACACUGUAUCCCCCUGGAGAGAUACCUCACUCCUAGCAACCUGGGUAAUAUCAUUGAGGAGGUCAUCCACCCGUGUAACCCCAACCCCUGUCCCAGCAACCACCUGUGUGAGGUGAACAGGAAGGGCUGCCAGCCUGGACAGGACUGCCUGCCUUACUUAUGUGUACCUGGCUGUAAACUGGGUGAGGCCUCAGAAUUCCUGGUCCACGUGGAUGCCCGUAUCCAGGUGCCCAUGCGUAACGGCCAGGCGGGCUGCUUUGAGGUUUGUACCUGCGGACAGAGUGGCAGGCUGGAUAACUGUGCCGAGAUGCCCUGCAUCGACACCUCCAAGACCUGCGUUGUGGGGGGCCAGAGAAAAAACCACGGGUCGUCAUUCAAGGUGGACUGCCACCCCUGCUCCUGCUUCGCUGGAGAAACCAUCUGCUCCACCCGCCAGUGCCUGAGUGCUGAAAGUUCAGACGAGGACCGCAGCCUAUUCACAGGGCUCCCGUGUGGCUGCCCUGACCGUUUUGUGCCAGUGUGUGCCCGUAACGGCCGCACCUACCCUAGUGCCUGUGUGGCACGCUGCAUGGACUUCAAAGACGACCAGUUUGUGUUUGGCCACUGCCGCAGCAGUGACCCCUGUUCCCCCAGCCCCUGCCCGACGAACCAGAGGUGUAUUGCCAACCGUAGGGUAUGCCUUACAGACAUGGCUGACUACCCCUGUCCUCAGUUUGAGUGUGUGGGCCCCACAUCAGGUUGUGACAAGAGCUACAUGGACCCAGCAUGCGACACAGACAACAUGGAACAUCCCAGCCUCUGUCAGCUCCUCCUGCUGAGCAAGACCUUGGCCUAUAUGGGCCACUGUCAGGACGCCUGUAAAAGGGCGCGGCCCGUGUGCGGCCACAAUGGCGAAACGUACAACACGGUGUGCGAGGCCUACUCGGACCGCGUUGCCGUGGACUACCAGGGGCGGUGCCAUGCCGUGGGGGCGGUGGCAGAGUUUGCCUCUGACUCAGGCUGUGACAUGAUCCCCUGCCCCGCCCUGUCCUCCCCGGGCUGCAUCCCUGUCACACCACCUGGCGCCUGCUGUCCUCUGUGCGCGGGCAUGCUGCAGAUCCUGUGGAACAAGGAGCAAAUGAGAGUCUUCGCUAAGUUGAACAGGAAGCAGCCAGUGACGGUCCAUGACAUCCUGAGGAUCCUGCGUCUCCACAUCUCCGUGCCGCAGUGUGACAUCUUCGGUUACCUGAGCAUCGACUCAGAGAUCGUCAUCCUCAUCGUCCCCGUGGACCAGCAGCCAACCCCGCUGCAGAUUGAAGCCUGCAGCAUGGAGGCGGAGAAGAUCGACUCACUCAUCAACUACGGCAGCCCCACCCUGGUCUCCCACGUGCCCCUGUCUGCCUUCCUCACCUCCGACGUCUCCAUCUCCACCAUCAGGUCCACGGGAUACCCCAGCUCCUCGCCCUCCUCCCUGCCCAUCUUCCUCUGCCUCGCCCUCAUUCUAGCCCAAGGCAUAGCCGAGGCCUAGCUAGUCCCCAUUAGCCAGCCAGGCCCUGGUGCCACAAAGCCUGGUGUGUUGUGGACUAUUCUAAGUGACCCUAUCCCAGGUCAUUGCAUGACAGGAAGCAUCAUCCUGUAAAAGCCUUGACAAUCAAUCCUAUUAACUCUACUGCACAAGCAUCAGUCAUAUACGAGAUGCUAUGAGAUUCUUCUUAUUCCAAUGACAGAGGAGACACAAUCACAUUCCAGGUUUGGUUCCACAGAACUCUCUAUAUAUCGUGAUAGGGAAGAUUAGUUUUUUAUCACACAGUGUUUUGUAUCCAGUAGCGCUCUCCUCCUCUAAAGCUAUGGAGGGGUGUGUGUGUGUGUGUGUGUGUGUGUGUGUGUGUGUGUGUGUGUGUGUGUGUGUGUGUGUGUGUGUGUGUGUGUGUGUGUGCAGAACACCCCCCCCCCGUCCUCCUUACCUUUUCCCUCACCCACUCCCCUCCCCUCUCCUCCCCCCUAUCCAGGUUUUGCAUUUGUACUAUUGUAAAUAGAGAAGGAGUUGGGAGGUGCAGACUGAGACAUUUUGAAUGUCAAACAGGUGGAAGACAAGCAUCCCCCGCUCUAUAAGCUGAAGACACACAAAAAGGGAUUCUCGUUGUUCCUUUAGUGUAGAUAAGAUAUAAAAAUAAAUAACAGGAACAACAGCCAUGUUUUUAAUGAAAAUGACAAUCAUCACUUUACCCAGCACUUGGGUAAAACAAAUGUGGGACAAUAUGCAUUGUAUAUAGUUCCUAUAGAAAGUAAAUGCAAUAACUCUGUAAUGUUGAUAAGAAUUAUUCUGAAAAUAUUCUAUAUUUGAUAUGCAUAAGACAUGGAUUGAAACGUGAUUCACUAUGUGCCUCUUUUUUUAUUUUCUUAUAUUCUUGCAUGAUGACCUUUUUAUUUUUUUAUCAGUUUGAUUUGAUGAUGUUUCUAUGCCUACGCAACACGAAGUCUCCCCGUCGUUCUACAGUAUUAUCGUGCUAGGCAGCUCUGAAGCAGCACAAUCUUUUCCAAGGGUCUUUGUAGUAUUACACCUGUUUGUCUCUAAGAGUUUUUUUUUUUUUUUAUAAUAAUGUAUUUUUUUGUUGUUGUUAUUUUUGUGAUAUCAAAUGUGUUCAUAUUGCCAAUGUUUAGAAAGAAUAGAGAUGUAGGCACUUACGCAAUACUUUAAUCGUCACUCUAUUGCAUCAUUUUCUCGGCGGAGAUGCCAGUACUUGCAAUGUGUGUGUGUGUGUAAAAUGCCAACAGAAUGCAUAUUUUAUGGAAUAUAAAAUCCUCCAAUCAAACAAA